AUGAGCCCAUACAAGGAGUCAGACGCUGCUUCUGUAUUGACUGUGUUUGGUAACGGCAGUGAGGUCACCAUAAAAAGUGUUGACGGCUCUAGCAAAGGCCGCGCCGGAAGGGGGGGGACACCUGGUUUUGAGGCGGGAGAGGAACUACGCCCGGAAUACACGAUUGUUCUUGAUCAUCUUGCCAGAUACGAGGCUCAACUUACUGCAAUCAUACAAGAAAUUCAUGAAAAUCCCGCAAUUGUUCUUGAUACAGGAUUUGAAUCACGCCUCAAGGGUUUAGACAAUGAACCAGCCACGAUGGAGACCGCUAUAGGCAAUGCUGUUAUGACGUCUCACUUACAUGCAAAGACCAGCAUGCAGAAAUUUGACACAACCGCACAAGAACGUCUUAGGGAAUGUGAGAAGAGGCUUGUCAGGACCAGACGUUGA